UUUUACAAACAUGCAUUUUUUUCUGACUUCAUACUUUCAAUGUUUUCUGUUUCUAUACAUCUACAGUUAUUUUAAUGAAGAAACAGAAUAAUGUUAGAAUUAGAAAUAAAAAUGUGGUAAUUUGCAUCAGUUGUUUACAAUAGAUAGCCUAGAUAUGGAUGCUUAAAUGUGCCAAUUAGUAUAUGAGUCAAAGACAAAAAAAUAAGGGGUUUAUAUAGCAAUAAAUAAAUAAUUUUAUGACAUAUUCAAAGACUAUAUUUAAGGAUCAUAUAUAGUGUAGCCCCAAAAUAUUCAUUAAUUUACAUUUUAAAUCUUUAUACUUUACCACUACUUUCACACCACUAGGUUUUACCCAAUUGUUAGCAAGAAGUUUUCAAUCAUAUAAAAUAUAAUAAAAUAAUAAUUUUGUCUUUUACAUAUCGCUACCUUGGAAUUAUAAGGCUCUAUCUGCAUUCUGAGCAGUUCUGAGAUAUUGAGCUUCAACGUAUUUACGUUCCAUAGACUUCUGUAGAUAGAACCCUUUUUGUUUUCUAAAAAAAUGGCCCAAAAUGUACACUGCUUACAAAUGAAACAUCACAGAAUGUGAAAUAUUUUGUCACAGAAUAACCCAAUUUUGACAAAAAUGUCAGAUAGACCCUUAUAAUUCCAAGGUGACAAUAUUUUAAUAAUUACAUGUCAGGAUAACUAUGUUGUUUCAUUUUUAUAUAUCUGUUAUGCUGAAUGACGAUGCAACAUUAUUUCACCUAUAUUUUGACAUUUUGCUUUUACAAAAGUUAUUUGAAACAUUAAAAUAUAGACACUUGCAUUUAAUUGGUUUUCUAAGUAUAUAAAAUCACUUUUGUAAAUUGUAAUUUGUUGCAGACACUAAAAUUUGACAUUUGGACUUUGAACCAGUAACUGAUAAAUUGAAAACCUAUAUAUUUUUGCUUUUGGCAGAUCAGCUCCUCCCACAGUAAUUACAUCAUCAUCAGUGAAGAUCCGCCCACAGUAAUUCACCAAUAAAUGUUGAAAGAUUCCCAUCAGUUUACAAGUGAAGACUAGCAUCAGAGCAUCAGAGCAACAGGAAGAGCUGAAAUCUGCAAAGACUGAGUUUAUUAAAGAGGACAGAGAGAAGAUGAGAGAUCCAGAACCCUGCAGAAUCAAACACACUGAAGAUACUGAAGAACAAACAGAGCUGAUUAAAGAAAAGGAGAAUGAAGAAUUGAGUGAAGUUGAAGGAAGAAAAAGCUUCAAAAUUGGAGAAAAACCGAGUUUCACACAGUCAUCAAACAUUAAAGAUCACAUGAACAUCCACACCGGAGAGAAACCAUACAAGUGUUCACAAUGUAGCAAGAGAUUCAGUCAUUCAGGAGACUUGAAAAGACAUGAGAGGAUCCACACUGGAGAGAAACCGUUCACAUGUGAUCAGUGUGGGAAGAGUUUCACAAUCAAAGGAAACCUUAAGGAUCACAUGAACAUCCACACUAGAGAAAAGCUGUACACAUGUGAUCAAUGUGACAAAACAUUUUUGUGGGCUUCAUACCUGAAGAAACACCUGAGAGUUCAUACAAAGGAGAAGCCACAUUCGUGUUAUUUGUGUGGAAAGAGUUUUUCAUGUCUACAAUAUUUGGAAGUACAUCAGAAAACACAUACUGGUGUGAGAGAGUACAUGUGCUUUGAGUGUGAAAAGACUUUUACUUCAGCAAACUGUUUAAAACAGCACCAGAGGAUUCACACUGGAGAAAAACCCUACAAGUGUUCACACUGUGACAAGAGAUUCAGUCAGUCAGCAAAUCUGAAAACACACACUAGGAUCCACACUAGAGAGAAACAGUACACAUGUGAUCAGUGCGGGAAGAGUUUCUCACUAAAAGGAAACCUUAAGGGGCAUAUGAGAGUUCAUACUGGAGAGAAACCUUUCACUUGUGAUCAGUGUGGGAGGAGUUUCACACAGUCAGCAAACCUUAAGGCACACAUGAAAAUCCACACUGGAGAGAAACUGUACUCAUGUGAUCAGUGCGGGAAGAGUUUCACAGUAAAAGGAAGCCUUAAGGAGUUCAUUAUCUUUAACCUUUAUUUAAUUGAUUAAAGUAC